AUGUCAAGCACGGAAAUUAACAACCUCAACAUCUCAUAUCAGGUUGCCGGAGAGGGCGACGUAGUUCUCCUCUUGCAUGGCUGGGGUGGUGAAGCGGCGAGUUUUCAACCGGUUUUUGAGUGGCUCACACAAUCUCACAAAGUCUACGCACUUGAUUUGCCGGGGUUCGGUAAGAGUCAGAUUCCACCUACAGCGUGGAAUACCUCCGACUAUGCGCAGUUCGUUAUAGCGUUUCUGGAGAAGUUUGGCAUUCCGAAGGCUCACUUCAUCGGUCACUCCUUUGGCGGUAGAAUUUCGAUUAUCGUCUCAGCGGAAUAUCCUGAAAAAGUCGAUAAACUCAUCUUGGUUGACAGCGCGGGAAUCAAACCGCGUCGAACUGCAAAAUACCAUCUUCGCGUAGGUUUGGCAAAAAUUGGUAAAUUGCUCCGUCGAUGUGGGAAAUAUGGUGUUCUCGUUGCAGACGCGAUGUCCGCACGUGCCGGCUCUAAAGACUAUCAGAAUGCUGGAGAUAUGCGUGCCACGCUUGUCAAAGUCGUGAAUCAAGAUCUGCGUCCGCUCUUGCCUCGGAUAACCGCAUCAACACUGUUAAUCUGGGGUGAAGACGACACGGAUACACCCGUGUCUUUCGGACAAAUUAUGGAGAAAGAAAUACCUGACGCAGGAUUAGUUGUCCUAAAGGAAGCGGGGCAUUUUUCGUACCUUGAUCAGUUUCCGCAGUUUUGCCGAAUUGUCGCAAGUUUUCUGAAUUCUUAA